CAACGAAGAUUCAAGAUUAUUGACUACACUCUACAUUCAUGUUCGAAAUUUUCGCAAUAAACUUUAGAGGGUUCUAAAGACGAAAUCGCAUCGGGUCUACGAGCGAAGUUCUCUUUUCCAUUUCAAGCUCCUUUCUCUUUCUGCGUCAAAUGAUGUCUUCGAUCCAAGGGUUUCAAAGGGUUUAAGCUAAACCGAAUCGCAAACCCUAAAUUUCCCAAUUUUAUCUACCGAUCUUCCGUUUAUGCCCUCAGAUCCAAUCAGCACUUCUCAUCUACUGGUAACUUGAAGCGAAGUUGGUGAAUUUCAAUUUUUUGGUGAGUUCUGGAAAUGAAGAGAAAUAGUGAUUUGGAUAAUAUUUUUCGGGUUUUAAAGUGAUAUGAAGUGUGCUGAAUAUGAGCAAUGGUGGUGGGAAGACUGGAAGGCAUCUUGAGAAGCCCAGCACAUGGAAGAGGAAAUCAGGUGCUGAUGAUUUUGCCCAGGCAAUCGCGAAGAUCGCGGUAGCACAAUUGUUGGAGAGUCAAGGUUUUCAUUCGUUUCAGCAAUCAGCCCUUGAGGCGCUGUCUGAUGUCGCUGUUCGAUAUGCUUCGAGCAUUGGGAGAUCUGCUCAUUACUAUGCUAAUCUUGCAGGGAGGACUGAAUCCAAUGCUUUUGAUGUCAUUCAAGGGUUGGAGGAUUUAGUAUAUGUGCAAGGGUUUUCAGGUGCUUCUGAUGUUGACCAUUGCCUUGAGGAUUCUGGUGCUGUUCGGGAAAUCGUUCAGUAUGUCAAUGAAGUUGAACCAAUUCCAUUUGUACAUCCUGUUCCCCGGUUUCCAAUCGUGAAAGAUCGUGAGCUGACUCCAAGUUUUUCACGAAAAGGAAAAGUGCCUCCUGCUGAGCAUAUUCCUGCCUGGCUGCCUGCAUUCCCUGAUCCACAGACGUAUUCACUUGACUCUACAGUGGAUGCAAGAGGAGCAGACCCUCAUGCUGCCAAUGGCAAAUUUGAGCAAGAAAGAGAGAACGAUAAGGGGGAUAGGUCUCUGUUGAGUUCGCAGCAGCAGAUGGUCUCAGGUAUGUUUGAGAAUCCCACCUUCGCUGACCCGGAUGAUGCCAAGGCAAAGAAAGCAUCUGUGGAAGGUAAUCCUUUCCUUGCACCACCUUUGAAAGUUGGGGAAAAGGAAGUUGCUCCUAUUGCUCCUCCUACUAAGCUCUUCAACAAUGUCGCUUUGGAUAAUCCUGUCGCAAGGAAUUUCCUUGAUGAUAAAUCCGUAUCAGUAUUAGAGACGUUUGCUCCAGCAAUUGAAGCGAUGAAGAGCACAUCCUGUGAUUCCGGUGAAGAUCAGACAACACGUGUUUUGAAUGAGAACCCUAGGGUUCGUUUUAAGAUUGGGGUAGGAAACAGAUUCUUAGGAAGGUCCACAGGUUUGAGUCCUGAAAAGGAGCAUCAGAGGACUUUGCCGUGGUUUGCAAUGGAAGAUGAGAAGGAUGACAGGAAAAGAAGGGCUGAGAAAAUUCUGAGGGAAUCUCUAGAAAAUCCAGAUCAGCUUGUUCAAUUGUAAAUGAGAUUGCUUCAACUAGGAUCUGUAUACUCGACACUUUCUCAGGACAAUGUGAUGAUAGCUAGUUCUGGGAUAUUGAAAUUUAGGCGACUGAUACUAUUGAAAUGAAUGUUACAUUUUUCCCCAGGCAUUUUCCCACUCUAACAAUCUUCCGAGUAUGUGCACUAGGCAAUCUGAUAUGUGGAAAAUGCUUUGAAUUCGUGUGUUAAAAAUCAAUGCAACAUGCAAGACUGAAAUCCCAUAGAAAGUAUCAAAAUAACAUCUUUUCCGAUUUA